UCAUGGAUAUACUACAUACAGUACAUCAGUAUUGAAUGUUCCAGUAUAUCAGACUACUCUGAAAAAAUUAUCAAGGCAAACCACUUGGACCACAUAAUCACAAUAUUUAAGGGCAAAGUGGAAGAAGUUGAAUUGCCUGUGGACAAAGUAGACAUUAUCAUCAGUGAAUGGAUGGGUUACUCUCUUUUCUACGAGUCCAUGCUGAAAACUGUCAUCUUUGCUCGAGACAAGUGGCUGAAACCUGGAGGGCUUAUGUUUCCAGACCGGGCUGCUUUGUACAUGGUAGCAAUUGAAGACAGACAGUACAAGGACUUCAAAAUUCACUGGUGGGAGAAUGUAUAUGGCUUUGACAUGACCUGUAUCAGGGAUGUUGCCAUGAAGGAGCCCUUGGUGGACAUUGUAGAUCCCAAGCAAGUGGUGACCAAUGCUUGUUUAAUAAAGGAAGUGGAUAUUUAUACAGUGAAGCUGGAGGAACUGGCGUUCACCUCUGCAUUUUGUCUCCAGAUUCAGCGCAAUGACUAUAUUCAUGCCUUGGUCACAUAUUUUAAUAUAGAAUUUACCAAGUGCCAUAAGAAAAUGGGAUUUUCUACAGCUCCAGAUGCUCCUUAUACCCAUUGGAAGCAAACAGUGUUCUACCUGGAGGACUACCUAACUGUAAGAAGAGGUGAAGAAAUCUAUGGAACCAUAUCCAUGAAACCAAAUGAAAAAAAUGAGCGUGACCUGGAUUUCACAGUAGAUUUGGAUUUUAAAGGGCAGCUGUGUGAAACUUCAAUAUCUAAUGAAUAUAAAAUGCGCUAACAAGCAGCUCUCUUGAAAAGAGAAGAACAAUUAUUCUUGGUCUGUCCCCCUCGAGCUGGGAACCAUCCCUUGCAGGACUCUGAAAUCUCUGAAGUUCUAUUUGUGAUGGAAAGUCUGUAGUCUCUCCUUCUUGCAGAACAAAGUGCCAAGUAGGCUCUCUCUGUGUGUGUAUGUUUGUGUGUGUGUGCGUGUGUGUGUGUAAGAGGGCUAACAUGAAUGUAUAACAUUCUAUCUACAUAAAGCUUUUGUCUAUACAUAAAGUAGCUAUGCUUUCUCUUUUCUGCUUAGUUUUAAGACAUAAUUUUUAAAAUCCACACUAUGACUUAUAUUAAUUAUCUUUCUCCCCCCCCCCCACGAAAUUUUGCAUGCUGUCUUUCUUACCAAAAUGGCCUCUUAGGAUUUACUGUUGUGAGUAGAUGGCUGAGAUUAUACUGAGUAUUAAAAUAUAGAGCAGCAUUGUCUUUCAGAAGAACCGUAUAGUCUGAAAACAGGAAUUUGCUUUGUAAUUGUUUUGUUUCUGAUUCAUGUGUAGCUGGGAUAUUAGAUUGCAAUCUUUUGAAAUCAGUGGAAUGUAAAUGAGCAAGAGCUUUGAAUGAGGUUCAGGAUCUUGUUUCCUUGUUUACUGAACUUCUGGAGUAACAAUUUUCAACCUGUUUGUGCAAGCUAGGAGAUGAUUUCAAAUACACAUAUCCUGCUCUUAGCUAAAAUUAAAGACUAUAUUUAUUGUUGGUCUCCAUUUGAUGCCUGUAAAUGUGGAUUUGGUUCCUGGUUCCAUUACAGUAGAUGGCUGUCUCUAUAACCCACUGGUUAGCCUUUGGGAAAACUGUGCUAACAGUAGCAGCAGUAGGGGAAACAGAAAAUAGCUACAGCAAAACUUCCAUUUACAUUCUGGUAUGUUAUGAUUGGAAAAUGCAUGGAACCCUCUCAAAAUGCACCAUCUGAUAUUUAAACAUGAUGCAUACACACAGUCAUGCUUUAGGAAAUGGUGUUUCUUUAUUGCUACAUAACUUCUUAAUAAACAAAAGCUUUGUAUUUAUUCA